AUGUCCUCCUCGAACAUGACGAGAAUGUUCGGUGGCGACGGGUGUAGUCAGGAGUACAACGCCGUCGUCGAAAACUUGAAAUACAUCGGCCAAGUGUGCUAUUUCCUGCCCGCCGCUAUUGUCCAUCUCCGAAUUCUCGCGAUUCUCCUCCAUUUCCAUCGAAAAAUCUACAUGGUCCAAUCGUUUUUCGUCCUUUUUUCGAUGGAUUCCAUUGCGGUACUCGCGUCUGGUCUGUCCGCGCUUCUCCUUUUCAAUUUUUCAAAUUGCAGAGCUUGACCCAAGUAUUGUUCGACGUUGGAUUCUCGCGAGUCUUCAUGUACAUUCCGCAAGUGUGCCCGAUAUUGUAUGGCUAUUUUGAGCGGCACACGGCGUUUCCGCAUUUUCAAUUCACACUAUACAAUUAUAUGCGAGCCGCCAAGUCGGUUAUUCAAGUGUUCAUGACGUUGAAUCGAAUGACAUGUGUUUUGAUGCUUUUGGAGUACGGACAGGUGCGCUCGUUGGAACCGUUGGUGGCCUAG